CUUUCCAUACGUUUCUAUUCAACCCAAAUGCCUGUGGAAAGUAUAAAAGAAGAAAGAAAGAAAGAAAGAAAGAAGAGUACGAAAAACCACUAAGUUCUCCCUCUUGCAUUUCUCAUGAACUGUGGAAUCGUGUUGGGCUUCUAUUGCUGGAGUUGGGAGUUCUUAACUGCCCUUCUUCUCUUCUCAACCUAAGAAAUCUCUUUCCUCUGACUUUCUUUCUUCUUCUUCUUCUUGUUCUUCUGGUUCUGGUGUGGCCUUUGUGGUAAGGGAAUAUGUCACAAGGGAUUUGUAUGGAGGGAGAGAAUGAAAAGGGUCUUUUAGAACAUGCGAAAAGAAUCUCCCCACCACCUUUCCUUUUGAAAACACACAUGCUUGUUGAAGAUCCAGCGACUGACGAUAUAAUCUCAUGGAAUGAACAUGGGACUGGAUUCGUCGUCUGGCAACCGGCCGAGUUCGCACGAGAUCUCCUUCCUACACUUUUCAAGCACAGCAAUUUUUCCAGCUUCGUUCGCCAGCUCAAUACCUACGGAUUCAGGAAAGCUGCAUCAGGCCGUUGGGAAUUCCACAAUGAAAUGUUCCGACGGGGUGGGAGAGAGUUACUAUGUGAGAUCCAUCGAAGGAAAGCAUGGGCUAAUAAACAUACCGCCGCUCCAACUAAAACGCUCCGACAGGAGUCUGAUGAUGAUCAUGGGUCAUCAUCAACAUCAUCGUCCAUGGGACAGGGAAGUCUCUACGACGAGAACCAGCGGUUGAAGAGAGAGAAUGGUGUGCUAUGCUUGGAGCUGGUGAGUAUGAAGAAUAAGUGCAAAGAGCUUCUUGAUCUGGUGAUGGCUUAUGCAAAAUCAGAGGAUGUAGUGGAAGAUGAAAGGCCUAAGCUAUUUGGAGUGAGGUUAGAGGUUCAAGGAGAGAAGAAGAGAAAGAGAGCAGAGAUUAGUGAGAAUAUCCGUGCUUUGUUAUCCCAGUCAUGCAAGUAAUACAUGUAUAAAAAAUAAAUAAAAAGAAAAACCUUGAAUGAGUGGGCCACUUACAAUCAGGUGGCACACAAAUUUCUCGUGAAAUAGUCUAAGAAUACCGAAGGGUAGACAUAAAUCGUUUCACGAUUCCUUUACCAAAAGAACAAAACAAACUUUCUCCAA